AUGGAAGCGAAGCACAAAAUCCAAAUCGCAGAAUGCCCGCCAAAAUCUGCAGAGUACAAAGCACUGCUACGCGCGGGGCCGCGUCUGAAACCUCUCCGGCAAGUCCAUGCUCACCUCAUCGUCACCGGCUGCCACCGUAGCCGAGCCCUCCUCACCAAGCUCCUCACUUUAUCUUGCGCCGCCGGUUCCAUUGCCUACACUCGUCGCCUCCUAACCACUGUCCACGACCCAGAUUCUUUCCUCUUCAAUUCCCUCAUCAAGGCUUCCUCCAAGUUCCGUUUCUCCCUCGACGCCGUCAUCUUCUACCGCCUCAUGCUCCUCUCCCACGUUCUACCUUCUACUUAUACCUUCACCUCUGUCGUCAAGGCCUGCGCCGAUCUUUCUGCCCUGAGACUCGGCAGGGUUGUUCAUUCCCAUGUUUUGGCUUGUGGGUAUGGCUCGGAUUCGUUCGUGCAGGCAGCAAUCGUUGCGUUCUAUUCGAAAUGUGGUGCAUUGGGUGUUGCAAGGAGAGUGUUCGACGAAAUGCCUCAGAGAAGUGUUGUUGCUUGGAACUCGAUGAUUUCGGGGUAUGAGCAGAAUGGGGCUGCCAAUGAAGCCUUGGUGAUGUUUAGGAAGAUGCGUGACUGUGGGGUUGAUCCUGAUUCCGCGACUUUCGUUGGUGUUUUAUCUGCUUGCUCUCAACUGGGUUCACUUGAACUGGGGUGCUGGGUGCAUGAUUAUAUUGUUAACAAUGGGGUUCGUGUGAAUGUGGUUCUUGCUACCUCGUUGAUAAACAUGUUCUCGCGGUGUGGUGAUGUGACGAGAGCACGUGCUGUGUUUGAUUCGAUGAAUGAGGGGAAUGUUAUUGCUUGGACAGCUAUGAUAUCUGCGUAUGGCAUGCAUGGUUAUGGUAUUCAAGCAAUGGAGAUUUUUCACAGGAUGAAAGCAUGUCAUUUGGUUCCAAACAGGGUCACUUUUGUUGCUGUCUUAUCUGCAUGUGCUCAUGCAGGCCUUGUAGAUGAAGGUCGCCGAGCAUUCACAAGCAUGAAACAAGAGUAUGGUCUUGUUCCAGGGGUAGAACACCAUGUUUGUAUGGUUGACAUGCUUGGGAGAGCUGGUUUGCUUAGUGAAGCGUACCAGUUCAUCAAGGAACUUAGUCUUGAGGAGCUUGUUCCAGCUGUUUGGACCGCGAUGCUUGGGGCUUGCAAGAUGCAUAAAAAUUUUGAUCUUGGUGUGGAAGCAGCUGAACAUCUCAUCUCACUGGAGCCAGAGAACCCUGGCCAUUAUGUAUUGCUUUCUAACAUGUAUGCAUUGGCAGGAAGGAUGGAUAGAGUGGAAUCAGUUCGAAAUGUUAUGAUCCAAAGAGGCCUUAAGAAGCAAGUAGGCUAUAGUACCAUUGAUGUCAACAACAAAAGCUUUCUUUUUAGUAUGGGUGAUAAGUCCCACCCUGAGACCAAUGAAAUUUAUCAGUAUCUUGAUGAAUUAAUGUGGAGGUGCAAGGAAGCGGGUUACGCACCUGUUCCUGAAUCCGCGAUGCAUGAGUUGGAAGAAGAAGAGAGGGAGUAUGCCCUCAGAUACCAUAGUGAGAAGCUUGCCGUGGCAUUUGGGCUGAUGAAAACUAGCCAUGGAACGACUUUAAGGAUCGUUAAGAACCUUAGGAUAUGUGAAGACUGUCAUUCAGCAAUUAAGUUCAUCUCUGUUGUAACAAAUAGAGAGAUAAUCAUUAGGGACAAGCUUCGUUUCCAUCAUUUUAGAGAAGGCACGUGCUCUUGUUUAGAUUAUUGGUGAUAGGAUUUAAGCCUGCAUGAUCUUACUGAUAGGGGAUUCUUUUGAGAACACUCUCUAUGAGAAUAAUAGUGUUUUCAAGACACAUAUAACCAAACUAUGUAUCAGAAGUAAUAUAACAUGACAUGCAAAUAGAUUACAAGGUCCUGUCUAUAUUAUAUAGCUCACCCAAUAAAACUGUAUGGUUCUGAUCAGCAGCAAAUACUAGUGCUGCCUCACCCAGUUUAAGGAUUUUUUGUGUGUCUCAUAUGUGGAUUGAAAGGAGAAAGCCUUAUGUUGUACUUGUAGUGUCCAAGCAGGGUUUAUUGCAAACUUUGCUCUGAAACCUUUGAA